GCCGGGUCAUUUGAUUUUAUUAUACAAACAAAAUGGAGGAGAGAGAUCCUUCUUGUAACCCAAUGGAGCCACUGCUGCCAAUAAAGUCUCGUAGUAAUGAGACUCAAAAAACAAAAGAUGCUCCACCAACCCCUAACCCAGCGGUUGUGUUACCAAAUGAUAUCAAUUCAUUCGAUAUAGUGCGAGCAACACAGUAUGGUGUCAUACCCAGAGUACAUGAACUCAUUGAAGCAGGCUAUGAUGUUAAUCAAAUGGACCAUGAGAAUGUUAGUCUUCUACAUUGGGCUGCUAUCAAUAAUCGAACAGAGAUUGUCAAUUACUUCAUGUCAAAAGGAGCUAUUGUUGAUAGAUUUGGUGGUCACCUUAAUUCUACACCACUUCACUGGGCAACGAGACAAGGUCACUUAUCCAUGGUUGUACAACUCAUGUCGUUUGGUGCUGAUCCCUCAUUGAAAGAUGGAGAAGGUUGCUGUUGUAUCCAUCUUGCUGCUCAGUUCGGACAUACCGCCAUUGUGGCUUACCUGAUAGCCAAAGGUCAGGAUGUUGAUAUGCUUGACAAAACUGGCAUGACUCCAUUGAUGUGGUCAUCUCAUAGAGUUUUUGGAUAUGACCCGACCCGUCUACUGCUGACAUUUGGUGCCAGUUUGUCUAAAGUUGAUAAAGUCAAUGGCAACACUGCUCUACACUGGGCUUGUGUGAGUGGAAACCAUGUAGUGAUCAAACUUCUUUUGAGCAAGGGUGCUGAUAUUGAUGCUCUCAACUUAAAGAACGAAACACCGCUGGACAUUGCCAUUAACCAGAGCAAUUCAGAUUUGGUUUUUAAACUCAGACAACUACAGGCAGCAGCUGAGGCUACAAAGAAAAGUGUGCUUGGAAAAUAUGCAUCAGAUAAAGUUUUCAGAAGAAAAGUUAGUUAUGUGUUUCCAUUUAUCGCCAUCUUUGUCAUUGGAUUCAUUCCUGAACUUUCACUCCAUUGGGGGCUCAAAGUCUUGUUUUUGUUAGUUUGUUUUAUUAUAGGCAACAUAAUUUUCAAAGCAUUCUUUGAUGAAUCAACAUCUUACAGAAUUCCCAUAUCUAUUUACUUGGCCACAAAGUUUUGGAUGUAUUUUACUUGGAUAUUUUACCUUCUACCUUAUAUGCCAGGAAGUAUUACCUUCCAUAUGAUGUUUAUUAUCGUCAGUAUACUUCUCACUUAUAAUUUCUACAAGGCUUGGAGAACAGAUCCUGGAUACCUUAAAAGUAACAGAGAAGACAAAAUUAAAACAAUAUUAGAUCUUGCUGAAACUCAGACCCUGAGGCUUGACCAGUUUUGCAGUACGUGCCUUAUACGGAAGCCCCUGAGGUCCAAGCAUUGUACAGUGUGUAACAGAUGUGUUGCUAAAUUUGAUCACCACUGCCCAUGGGUUGAUAAUUGUGUUGGGGCAAAUAACCAUCGCUAUUUUAUUGGUUACCUCUUCUUCCUCAUGACUAUGCUCUUGUUUGCAAUUUAUGGAUGCAUCACAUUCUGGCAAGUUGAAUGUCCCAUGGACUUCUAUGAGGAUGGUAUCACUGGUAUUAUCUACAAAGCUCUGAAAGCUUCACCUUGGGUUGCGUGGAUAGCACUGAAUGUGAUAGCUCAUCUUGUCUGGGUGUCCACGUUGUUUGUGUGCCAGAUGUACCAGAUCACUUGGCUGGCCAUGACAACCAAUGAGAGGAUGAACCAAAUGAGAUAUUGGGGAAUGCAUAAAAUGGCCAAUCCUGCUAAUGAUGGUGAAUGCUGUGAUGAUAAAGGUGAAGGUCAUGGACACAGUCAUGGUCAUAAUCAUCAUGAAAAGAUUGUUAGUCCAUUCCAUCGCGGCGUUUGUAAGAACUUGGUGGAUCUGAUGAAUUGGCGUUGUUGCGGCUUAUUGCGUCCCAUACAGGUAGACUGGGCAACAAAGUAUACAAUGGAUUCCCAGCCCGGCUACCAAGCAUCCAACUUCCAUGCAGAGCAUGAAGGCUAUCACUUAGUUUAAAAGUUUUUUUUUUUUACCCCAUUCACAGAAUGCUAUGCUUAAGGAAAUAUUGUCCUUUUUUAAUAAAAAAUCAUAUACACCAUUUCAGAAAUAAUAACAGUUUUAAGUGCUGCUAAAAAAAAUAAACUUCUUGAGUUUAAACAAUUCAGUGAUAUUGUAAAUAACAUUUUUAUGCUUAUUUUAAUAUACAUUUUAUGUAUAUAUACACACAAUAUUGAUAUCUAUGAUAUUUAUAUAACUAAAAAAAUGAGAUCAUCAGUCAUUAGUGUCAACAUGCAUUGUUUUUUUUUAAUCAGCAUUAUGAACAAUUUUCUAACUUAAAGCCCCUCAGCUUAGACAAAGAAGAAUAUAAUAUUUAAUAUUAUAAAUUGUCAUUUAGAAAUAAAUUGAUACAAAUAUUUUGAAUUUAUAGUUUUGGGAAUAGUGAAAUGGUAUAAAAAGUGUUUUUCCUGCAUUUCUCCUGAACAGCCUUGUCCCAUGCAUUUACCAGUGCAUUGUAACUAGUUUUGUAAAGUUAAUGUGAUUUUUGUUUUUCUUAAAAAAAUAGAAAUAUCUUUUCAGUUGUAGUUAGCGUCAAUACCUUUUAUAUCAGCUUUUCUAUGAGUGUGUUUGUAGUUUAGCUAGUUCAACACCUUUUAUAACUUUUCAGUAACUACACAUUUGUACUUUUGCUAACAUGUUCUUGUUUGAAUUGUAAUUUAAGUAGCCAUUAAUUAAGCAUAACAUCAGGUGUUACUACUUGUUUUGAAGGAAAUAUUCCCAAUGUAUUUUUGCUAUCAGUAUCAGUAAUAUGGUGUUAUUAAAACAUCCCUUAAAUAGCGAAAACAUUGCAUACAACAUUUGAGACUCAUUUAAAGUUGGUCACAGUGCAAUAUUGUUGGACUGUUGUCAAUAUGACGUGUCAGUAUGUAUGACAUGUCAGUAUGUAUGCCAGGCUUUAAUCUACACACACAUUUCAGCUCGUUGACAUUCGACAUUGCAUUAUAACCUUCUGUAAUUGCUUCAGGGUAAACUAACAAUUAUAGGAAACUAACAAUUAUUUAUUUUUAGAAAAUUUAUUCUUCCUAGCGGUUGUUUUUUUAGUGUGAAUUUUGAAGUAAUAAAUUAUCACUGCCCUUUUCCGAGUCAUUAACUAUAAAAUGUCAACAUCAUCUUCACAUAGUAAAGGCAGUCUAGGUUGUUAAUAAAAAUAACAUUCUUUUAUAAGUAGAAUAUACAAUAGUUUGAAAGGGAGAUGAGUUAUGUACCUUAUCACAGUAGUUAAAUUAUGCAACCUAGGAAAUCAUUCAGAGUUGUGAUAAUUCAUUCCCUCCUUAUAAAGUAAUGAUCAUUAUUUGUUUUUAACACUAACAGUACAUAAAAAUAUGUAUAUUUUUGUUACUAAUUUGUAUACUUAACAAAAAAAAACAUCAGCUUAUUGUUUUGAUUGAUCUUCACUGAAUUUUAAAAACAUUUUUUAGUUAUGAAAAGAUUUAUUUGAGAAAACAAAUACUUUAAGUAAAUAAUUUGUUUACUAAGUGUGGAAAAGAAUUAUAAUUCUCAAUGUUAGCUGAUAAGUUUUUAGUCGCCUGUGCAAACUGUUAAAUAUACAUCAGUGGUUGUAGAUAAUGCAUAUUGUAGAUAACGGUUAAUUUAUCAUCAAUUAAGAUCAGCAUGCUGAUAAUACACAGUGUUAUGUAUUUAGGCAGACAGUUUAAGGCAUAUCAUUUAUUUAAUGUGGUGUUUUUAAAAAAAACGAAUUGUACAUAGUAGUGAUGGGUUAGAAGUGUUCUGAUAAAAUAUGUUAGGAAGUGAGUCGUAUGGUGCUGGUGUAUGGUCUGAAUUGUCAUAUGUAUCUGUAUUAUAUGUUGUGUUAGUAUUUUUUUUAUAAAGCCUCUACUUUUAUAGACCUAAGUUUAAUACUGCCUGUAAGUUAGAGUUCGGGUGAUAAAGAUGUAAAAAAUCUUGUUAUUGUGUAUUGUUAUGAAAUUUUAUAAAAGGAAAUUAAAUAUAGCAGAAAAGUAAUUCUAUUUAAACUUUGUUCUAGGCAGUUGCUUGGUGUGUAUGUUUACAUUAUUUUUUUUUUUUACCAAUAAACAUGUGCACUUAAAAUCUUGUUCAUUUGUCAAAUUAUUUUUUUUUAACCUUUACCAUUAUUUUAAUUCUGUUAUUGAUUAAAUUUGUUGUAUUAAAAUGUUU